CUCCCUCCAAAUUAUUAAUAUACCAAACCAGAAAACAAACAUAUAAUCGGAGAAAUACAGAGAGAGAGCGAGAGAGAUCGGCGGCGACCGGAAACCAUUGAAAUCGGACGGUUUUGCUUCCUUUUUACGAAAAUGGAGGAUCAGGUUGGGUUUGGAUUCCGUCCGAACGACGAGGAGCUCGUUGGUCACUAUCUCCGUAACAAAAUCGAAGGAAACACUAGUCACGACGUUGAAGUAGCCAUCAGCGAAGUCAACAUCUGUAGCUACGAUCCUUGGGACUUGCGCUUCCAAUCAAAGUACAAAUCGAGAGAUGCUAUGUGGUAUUUCUUCUCUCGUAGAGAAAUCAACAAUGGGAAUCGACAGAGCAGGACAACGGUUUCUGGUAAAUGGAAACUUACUGGAGAUCCUGCGAAUGUCACGGAUCAGUGGGGGAUUUCUAGUGGCGUUCGUGGUAAGAUUGGUCAUAAACGUGUUUUGGUCUUCCUCGAUGGAAGAUACCCUGACAAAACCAAAUCCGAUUGGGUUAUCCACGAGUUUCACUACGACCUCUUACCCGAACAUCUGAGGACCUAUGUCAUCUGCAGACUUGAAUAUAAGGGUGAUGACGCUGACAUUCUAUCUGCUUAUGCAAUUGGUCCAACUCCCGCUUUUGCAGCCAAUAUGACUAGUAGUGCAGGUUCUGUGGUCAACCAAUCACAUCAAGGAAAUUCAGGAUCUUACAACACUUACUCUGAGUAUGAUUCAGCAAAUCAUGGCCAUCAGUUUUAUGGAAACUCUAACAUGGAGCAGCAACCAGUUCAAGGAAAUUUAGGAUAUUUCAACACUCUCCCUGAGUAUGAUUUGGCUAAUCACGGCGGUCAGUGGUUGAGUGACUAUUAUAACCUGCAACAACAAGUUCCUUUCUCGGCCCCAAAUGAUGAAAACUCUGAGAUCAUUCGGAACUUCCUGAAUGAAGAAAUUCUUCAAAGGACAUCUAUGCAACAGCAUUACAGUGAUCACCGACCAAAAAAACCUGUGACUGGGGUUUUGCCUGAUGAUAGCAGUGAUACUGAAACUGGCUCAAUGAUUUUCGAAGACACUUCAAGCUCGACUGAUAGUGUUGGUAGUUCAGAUGAACCGUGCCAUAUUCCUGUAGAUGAUAUUCCAUCAUUGAACACUAGUAAGCCUUCGCACAAUUAUGAGGCACAAGAGCAACCAAAGCAGUUGAAAUUGCCGUAUCAGAACAAAGAAAAGGUCAUAUAUAUGCAGAAAAGCGAAUGCGAGUGGAAGAUGGCUGAAGACUCGAUCAAGAAACCUCCAUCCACCAACACGGUGAAGCAGAGGUGGAUUGUAUUGGAGAAGAGGAGUCAAAGGAAUGCACAGUGGAACUAUAUCAAGAACAUGAUCAUUGGUGUCUUGUUGUUCAUCUCCGUCAUUGGUUGGAUCAUUCUUGUUGGUUAAGAGGUCAAAUCCGAUUCUUGCUCACAAUUUAAUUUCUUGUCUGUGUGUUUUUUUCUUUUGGUUUCUUUGCUCUGUUUUCUCGCUCAAGAAAGUCUAUGUAAAAGA